GAACCGAAUAUAAAAAUAAUUUAUUUCAAGAAUUAUGUAAACUUUUAAAAAACCUCAACACCUUACCAUCAUCAAACUUUAGGCACGGUUGAACGCAGUCAUAGAACAUUCAAUGAAUAUGUGCGUUCCUACAUAUCCAUUAACAAGGACGAUUGGGAUGAAUACCUUAGAUACUUUUCGUAUUGUUACAAUACAACACCUUCCUCAGUCCAUGGUUACUGUCCUUUCGAACUAGUUUUUGGAAAAACACCUCUGACUUACGAAUUCUUAAGGCUGGUUUUCAUUAUGGCAUAUUCAGUGGCAACAGUUGGCAUUUAGGUGACGACAUAUUUGGCUCAGUGAAAUGACGUCCAAAUGAGAACGGAUAUUUGGAUGUCAAUCAACACAUGUGGCAACAUUUGACAUCCAAAAUAAAUUUGCCAGCAUGUUGUCAAAUUCAUUAUGUUUGACAGUUGGAUAGGCGCGAUAACCAAAAAUCUUAAAACUUCUUUAUUUUAAUCAUUUUUAUGGAAAAUAAGUGACUUUCAAAUCAUUAAAAGCAAAAUGGAUAAUUCAAGCGCAACAAUUGCCAACACCAAGAAGCGGGUGCGGAAGCUUCAACACAAUUGGACGAACCAGCAAACUGAACAGCUUAUAGAAGCUGUCCAGAUACGGGAGGGCCUUUGGAACUACUUGUCCAGAGAAUACAGGGACAGAAACUUAAGGGAGGCUCUUUGGGAUGAUGUAGCAAAGGAAAUAGAAUUACCACGAUUAGAAGUGACUACAAAAUGGAAUAGCCUUCGGUGUUCCUUCCGCGCGGCGUUUAAUAGAAUGGCAACAACAAAAAGUGGUCAAAGCGCCAAAAGACUGAGUGAACCGAGCCAGCUGGACAACUCUCUGAUAUUUUUGGAGCCCACGUUAAACUCUGCGGCUUCUACAACUUCAAAUUUGAUGGAUGUGGCAAAUAACUCGCCAACCUCGCCAACGGAUAUCAUGUAUGAAGUCGAGUUUUUGGAAACGGAUGAUUUGGAAUCGACGCCGUCAACAUAAAAACAACACCAACUCCUUCGGCAAAGCGGCGGCGCAUGGAAAAAAAAGACGCCGAUUUUGCUAAGACUGUCGAAAGUGCUUUGCAAACAAUAACUUCGGCAUCGAAAACAGACAAAUGGGAUGAUUUGGGAGCAUUUGUUUCGUCAAGUGGACGGGAGCUGGAUAUCGAAAAUCCACUUUCAAAACUUUCAAAAGAUAGCUGUAAGCAACACAGGUGUCUUCUCAGGAGAUUUAACCUAAUACUUGCUUAUCAGGAUAUAUUUAUUUUGAAAUAUUUAUUUUGCAAUUGAAUGCUUAUUUUUUUGUUUUGUUAAGGUGGCCUCACACAAAUGCGAUAUUAGUUUUUUAACAAUUAAUUAUUUGCAAAUAAAAUGUACAAUUUAGAUU